GUAAACAUCAAGAGGUAGAGAGACAGUCGAGGCCAGACCAGACUAGACUAGCUCCAUUCAGCAGGCCAGUUCAGUGAUCAUUCCUUCCAGGACAGUCGUCAUGGAGAAACAGCAAGAGGCCGCUCAGGAUUCCAUCUCCAGCAUCGGCAAGCCGGAGUAUCCUCCGUCGGAGGUCUACGUGCCUGAAGCUCCUCCGGCAUACAGGCGAGAGAGAGGCACCGCCGUUCAGGUAGCCAGGAUCGCCGGUCUAACUGUGAUAGCGGUCAGCGUUAUCAUCAGCUUCUCGAUGUUGGCUUCCGCCUACAUAACAGCCACUAUGUCCUGCACUCCAGGUCAACAGACGAUCAUCUCGCAAGAGCACCUGCCAUUGGCCCAGGCACAGCGUCAGACGCAAGAGCAGCAGAAACAGAGCGAGGAUGACGAGCAGUCAUCGUAUCAAAAUCUGGUCGAUCCUCUGCAAUCAGACGAGAGCUCAGACAACAAGCAUGAAACGCUACUGCCACCCCCUCCACCCGCCCCCAACGCAGCUGGAAAUGGUGACUCAUCUGGCUUCCAAUUCAAGAUGCCACUCCAGCUGGACUUCGACGAAAUCGCUGGGUCGCUGAUGGAGAAGAACCAGAGAUCCCGAAUGAACUGUGUGGUGGAGAAGAGGCGCGCCGAGGAGGUGAUGGACCACCAACCAAAGACUGUUAGAUUACCAUUCGGAGUUAACGUUACCACCGACCCACGUUACGAGCACAUCACCGGAGAACGUAUGGCUAUCUUCUGUGAGAGUGGCCAUGAUCAAAGACACGUGCCAAUGGAAUCAAUGGGAACACCAGUGGUUGUACCAGUGCCCAUGCAGAUGCACCAGGGAGGCCCAGUGCCAAUGGGCAUGCCCAUGCCAAUGGGUGGUCAGCACCAUGGACCCAUGCACCAACACAUGAUGAGCCCACAGCAGCAGCAGCAGCAGCAGAUGCCCCCACAUGCCCAGCACAUGCCCAUGCACCAAGGCCCACACCCACAGAUGCACAUGAUGCCAUCCCACCUCCACCAGCAGCCCCACAUGAUGGCCCCACCCCAGCAACAGCAACAGCAGUCCGCCCCACAGCCCAUCUCGCUCAACCAGAUCCCACUCAACAUCCUUACCAGGAUCGCCCAGGAAAGCAUGAGCGAAUCAGGAAACGAGCCGAUCCACAUCAUCGCUCGCACUGAAGAGCAUGUGAUUCCGAUCGAGGGUCGUGCCAUGCACAUGAGGGGUGAACACCCCGUGGCCAGCGAAAUGCACCUGAGGGGAGACCACCCCGUACCCAGCGACAUGGUGCGCCCCCCACCACCGCCCUUCCAGAGGCUGCCCGUUCACGUGAUGCAGCAACAAGGUCAAGGUCCCAUUGCCCUAGCCGCUGCAGCCAAUGAGGUUGAACAGCCAAGACCUCACUCACCUUCUGAAGUCUUCGACGAACUCGACGAUCUAUUGCAGCCGGUGAAACGAGUGUCAAUUGCUCGAUUCUUCUUCAACACUCCAGACCAAACAUUCAUGGAACCAAGUGACCUAACUAGAGGACUCACUUCAAUUUUCGACUCUCUACCCGAUUUCCCAUUCAAAUUCAAUUUCAAAAUUACUGGUCUUCCAUUUUUCAACGUAAACAACAAUGAUGAUAUGGAGGUUUUCGAAAAAGCUAAUCAAUUUGUCGACAAAACUGAUUCAAUGCCAUUCAAUCUGGAAGAUUUCCUUAUGAAUGGUUUCGAUGAUAUCAACGAGGUCAUAUUUGAAAAUGGAUCGGACGCUGACGAUUUUGAUGACAACUGUCUACAAAAGGGAGGAAAGCAUUGUGAUGACUAAGGAAAAAUAUCUAGUUGUUCAACCACGUUCGAUCCGAAGUGUGGACAGUGUGUUCCACAAGCGCGAGAAGAGAGUUCGAAGAUGUGCCUGUGAUUGUUCCUGCUAAAGGAAAAAAUGACCACAUUAAUUUUAAUACCCUAAAUUUAAGCUUCUUGAUACAUAAAAGUUAUUAAGCAUUGCUUUGAAACUUUUAAAUGAUUGAAAAUACUGUUUUUAGAUGAAAAUGUAAAAGAUUAAUCUAAAUUUGAAGGAAAAUGUUCACUUUUUGGAAAAAAUAUUGUAAACUGUUCUUUAUUUAGGACUCUGAAAGAUUAUUCUAAAUUUGAAGAAAAAUGUUCACUUUUUGGAAAAAAAAUAUUGUAAACUGUUCUAGGCUAUUUAUUCUUCUUUUGUAGCCUUCACAAACUAAUUAAGUUCUAGUUUUAUCAUCUUAUAACUUCUGAGUUAACACUUAUUCUUGCAACUAUUCUCAAUCAUAAUUCUAUUUAGGAAAAUCUACUUUGGAUAAUGAAGAAUAGUUUCCAGUUUUACUUUGUUGCUUGAAAAUACUGUUUUUAGAUGAAAAUGUAAAAGAUUAAUCUAAAUUUAAAGGAGAAUGUUCACGUUACAGAAAAAAUAUUGUAAACUGUUCUUUAUGUAGGACUCUGAAAGAUUAUUCCAAAUUUGAAGAAAAAUGUUCACUUUUUGGAAAAAAAAUAUUGUAAACUGUUCUAGGCUAUUUAUUCUUAUUUUGUAGCCUCCACAAACUUAUUAAGUUUUAGUUUUAUUAUCUUAUAACUUCUGAGUUAACACUUAUUCUUGCAAAUACUCUCAAUCAUAAUUCUAUUUAGGAAAAUCUACUUUGAAUAAUGAAGAAUAGUUUCCAGUUUUACUUUGCUGCAAACAGAUUAGAGAUGCAAUAUACUUAUGUUGGUAUGUUCCCUGUUAUAAGAAUCAAACUUUUGUACAUUUAGCCUUGUAACAAAAACAGAAAAGAUAUUUUUGUAGAUGUAAAUAAAAAAUGAUUGUGUUAACCGAAAACAUUCGGGAUUGAUGGAAUUCAAAUAAAAUUUUAU